ACAGCCACCGACGCCAUGAGCAGCGAGGCCGAGACCCAGGCGCCCCCCUCCGCCGCCCCUCUACCCGCGGCGGCGGCGGCGGCGGUAGCGGCGGCGGCCCCCCCGGCGGCGCCCCCCCUGGCGGCCGCCCCGGCCCCGGCCCCCGCCGUGCCCGACGCCAAGCCCAGCAACGGCGGCGGCGGAGGAGGCGGCGGCGGCGGCAACGGCACCAACGGCGGCCUGGGCUCGGCGGCGCCCCCCGCCGGCGGGGACAAGAAGGUCAUCGCAACGAAGGUUUUGGGGACAGUGAAAUGGUUCAAUGUAAGGAACGGCUAUGGCUUCAUCAACAGGAAUGACACCAAGGAAGAUGUGUUUGUCCACCAGACUGCUAUAAAGAAGAAUAACCCCAGGAAAUACCUUCGCAGUGUAGGGGAUGGAGAGACUGUGGAGUUUGAUGUGGUCGAAGGCGAAAAGGGAGCGGAGGCAGCCAACGUUACAGGUCCUGGUGGCGUUCCAGUGCAAGGCAGUAAAUAUGCAGCAGACCGUAACCAGUACAGACGAUAUCCACGGCGUAGAGGUCCUCCACGCAACUACCAGCAAAAUUACCAAAAUAGUGAGAGUGGGGAGAAGAAUGAGGGGUCGGAGAGCUUGCCGGAAGGCCAAUCCCAACAGCGCCGCCCCUACCGCAGGAGGCGGUACCCACCUUACUACAUGCGUCGGCCCUAUGGCCGGCGGCCGCAGUAUUCCAAUGCACCUGUGCAAGGAGAGAUAGUGGAGGGUGCCGACAGCCAGGGUUCAGGAGAACAAGGCAGACCUGUCAGACAGAACAUGUAUCGGGGUUACAGACCACGCUAUCGCAGAGGCCCUCCUCGUCAACGGCAGCCCAGGGAGGAAGGCAAUGAAGAAGACAAAGAGAACCAGGGUGAUGAGGCCCAGGGUCAGCAGCCAACCCAACGUCGGUACCGCCGUAACUUCAAUUACCGACGCAGACGUCCAGAAAACCCUAAACCACAAGAUGGCAAAGAGACAAAGGCAGCCGAACCAUCAGCUGAGAACACGUCCGCUCCCGAGGCCGAGCAGGGCGGGGCUGAGUAAAUGCCGGCUUACCAUCUCUACCAUCAUCCGGUUUAGUCAUCAAAGAAGAGAGAAUAUGAAAUAAAAAGAGUAUGAAAUUCCAGCAAUAAGAAAUGAACAGAAGAAUUGGAACUGAAGACCUUAAGUGCUUGCUUUUUGCUGUUGACCAGAUAACUCGAACUCUCUGCAUUAUCUAUGCAGCAUGGGAUUUUUAUUAUUUUUACCUAAAGCAGUCUGCUCCUUUUGGGAGCGACAAACAUGUUUUUUAAAGGCCUGUUUUUUCUCAAUACACCUUUAAAGGUUUUUAAAUUGUUUCAUAUCUGGUCAAGUUGGGAUUUUUAAGAACCUCAUUUUUAAUUUGUAUGAAAUAUACACCUGAUUUUUUCAAGUCAAACUGCAAGCAUCUCUUAAUAAAGGUCUUAAGAAUUGCC